UUCAGAUCUUUCAGUCCCACACUCUCCACUUUGUCUCUUAUGUGUUGGCCAUGAUCCAUUACUAGCUAGCCAGAUUUGCCUCAUUCUUUUUCCUCUUGCCUGGUCCACUUUGAUGUCUCCACAAUGGAUCUGCCUCCAUCUCACCCUGUCCCUGUCAAUCCUCUGCAUAUCCUCCUACACUACAUCCAUGAAUCUUCUCUAAGGUCUUCUUUUACUCCUACUUGCCAUCUCCAUCUCCAGUUUCAUUUGUCUAGUAUAGCCACUGUGCCCCCUCAAAUGUUCAAACCAUCUCUAAAUUGUUCAAACUAAGCCGUCGCUCUUAUGUACUCCCUUCUUGUUCUGUCCAUUCUGGUAAUUUUCAAUGACAUUCUUAACUUCAACUUUGCCACUUCCACCUUUGCCUUCUGUCUUCUUUGUGCUGUCUCUUGUUACUGUUAGGAGGCAGUGAGAGAAGAAAAGACUAACGUCUUCCCCACUCUUCUUCUAUCAUCUUUUGGCACACUAUUGUGCAACAGCACUGGAGGCGGUUGUUGUUAAUUUGGGCUUGGACUGAUUUUAGGCCAAAUGGCUUUCCUGACAGAAUCUUACCCGUUUGUCCAGGUCUGAGAGUGGGGUUAACUCUCUCCUGGCUUGGGUUAACGAUAUUCAUUAUUAUUCAAUAACUUCCUCAGGUGCUAGUUUACUUCAGUGGUCGAGCCUCAGGUUCAUUUAUAGCAGCUGGGUUCAUUUCCAGACCGCUGGCAUGUCUUUCCUGCUUUCUUGUCACAUCAUCACAGACCUAUUUAAAUAAAGGCAUUUCUUUAAAAAAAUAAAAAUGCAAGUAUUUGAUUCUUCCUGUGCCAACACAUGUAUAAACUGUGAUGGCUGAAAAGCUAAUGGGUGCUGAAACACGACUUUUAUACAUACUAGAACUAUUUUGUCUCUCGCUCUUGUUUAAGAUCACGUUUUGUCUCGCACUUGUAGCAGUGGUCUUCCGCUUUAUUACGUGUGCGUGAUGACGUACGCUGGCCCCGGCCUCCAUGCAGUAGCGUCAUGAGGGUCUUCCUCAGUAUUGGCACUCAUGUCACCAGUCCAGUUAAACUGUGAGCGCAUAUUUUAUUUUUACAGAUAAAAGCUGUGUCUUUAUUUAUCUAUUUUUCCCCUAACUGCUUGUUCGGGCCGCAGACAUUUAACUGUCACCCUAGCUCGCUGCUAGCGUUAGCAUGUCCGGCGGAGGUGUGAUUAGAGGACCUGCGGGGAGCAACGACUGUCGGAUAUACGUAGGGAAUCUCCCUCCCGAUAUCCGCACCAAAGACGUGGAGGACGUGUUUUAUAAAUACGGAAUCAUUCGCGAUAUUGACCUGAAAAACCGGAGAGGAGGCCCGCCGUUUGCCUUCGUAGAAUUUGAGGACCCGAGGGAUGCAGAGGAUGCUGUUUAUGGACGUGAUGGUUAUGACUAUGAUGGCUACCGUCUGCGUGUUGAAUUCCCUCGAAGUGGACGUGGAGGUGGAAGGGGAGGUGGUGGUGGAGCUUUAGGAACCCCAAGGGGACGGUAUGGUCCCCCGUCACGGCGCUCCGAGUACAGGGUUAUAGUCUCAGGCCUUCCCCCCAGCGGGAGCUGGCAGGACCUGAAGGAUCACAUGCGGGAGGCAGGUGAUGUAUGUUAUGCUGAUGUGUACCGUGAUGGCACCGGCGUGGUGGAGUUUGUACGCAAAGAAGACAUGACCUACGCCAUCCGUAAAUUGGAUAACACCAAGUUUCGCUCCCAUGAGGGUGAGACGGCCUACAUUCGCGUAAAGAUGGACGGCCCUCGCAGCCCCAGCUACGGUCGCUCACCCUCUCGUAGCGUAGUCGAAGCCGGAGCAACAGCGGGUCACGCAGCUACUCCCCACACCGCAGCAGAGGAUCUCCUCACUACUCUCCCCGCCGCUCCCGCUCUUGCUCUCGCACCUAGACGCACCUCCUAUGACAUAAACCAACAGCUCAUCCCAGCCGCUCGUCUCAGAGUGGAGACGACAGACUUCACAGAACAGAUCUCCGUCGUCUCAGAGUGGAGACGACAGACUUCACAGAACAGAUCUCCAUGGACCAUUUGCUGGAGUUCAGAGGAGCAGGAUAGGAUGGGAACAGAGGAGACUGUUCAUAUUAGGAUAAGCAGGAGGAGGAGGAGUCAGAUAUGGCACCAAUGGUUUGGACUGGGCUCAUUGUCUCCCCAUUCCGGAGCCGGAUUAGGAUUAGGCUUCAGGAUGGAUACAUGGAGCAGGAGCAUGGGAGCAAUUUACCGGGAGAGGAUCCCGACCCCUGACCCUGUCCACAUAACCCCAUCAAAGUGGAAACAUUUUAUAGAAAUAUUCAAACUUUAAAUUGGCCUUCAAACAGCAGAAAGAAAAUUUCUUUCCACACGGGAAGGCUUCCUGAUGAGAAUUAUUUUUCUUUUUUUAAAUUAACAUGAUCAAAGCUUGGUGUAAUCCAGGAGGAGGGCUGGGAGGUGCAGGAUGGAUCCACGCACAUAAGGAGAGUGGUAAAGCUAAACAUUAACACACUGACAGAGGGUGGGGAGACUCGGAGGUUACAGGAGGAUGUGACUUUAUGUAUGUCAUUUUUCUCUUAGGUCAGCGCUUUUCUGCAGAAGAUGCAUAUUCAUUAGGAUAAAUAUAAUCUCCAGUACCUUGAAAAAGCUUCAAUAAAAAAUCAGUUUACAGUU